CAGGAUGCCCUGGGCUGAGGCCCGCCAGGCGGCAGGCGGACAGGGCGAUGGAGGUGAUGGAGAGGAAGCAGAGCCGGAGGGGAUGUUCAGGGGCACCAAGGACACCAAGAAGAAGGCCCGGGACUACCUCCGCCUGGCGCCGCUGUGGCUGGCCCUGGCGGCACUGGCAUCGGCGGGGGUGAUACUCUGGUACUUCCUAGGGUACAAGGCGGAGGUGACGGUCAGCCAGGUGUACGCCGGCAGCAUCCGGGUCCUCAAUCGCCACUUUUCCCAGGACCUGGCCCGCAGGGAGUCCAGCGCCUUCCGCGGUGAAAGUGCCAAAGCCCAGAAGAUGCUAAAGGAACUCAUCUUCAGCACCCGCCUGGGCGCUUUCUACAACUCCAGCUCUGUCUACUCCUUCGGGGAGGGGCCCUUCACCUGCUUCUUCUGGUUCAUUCUCCAAAUGCCGGAGCACCGCCGGCCCAUGCUGAGCCCCGAGGUGGUGCACACGCUGCUGGUGGAGGAGCUGCUAUCUGUGGCCAACAGCUCGGCCCCUGUUUCCUACAGGGAGGAGUACGAGCUGGACCCCGAGGGCCUGGUGAUCCUCGAAACCAGCGUGAAAGACAUAGUUGAGCUGAAUUCCACGCUGGGCUGUUACCGCUACACCUACGUGGGCCGGGGCCAGGCCCUCCGGCUGAAGGGGCCCGAUCAACUGGCCUCCAGCUGCCUGUGGCACCUGCAGGGCCCCGAGGACCUCAUGCUCAAGCUGCGACUCGAGUGGAUGCUGGCUGAGUGCCGAGACCGCCUGGCCAUGUACGACGUGGCCGGGCCCCUAGAGAAGCGGCUCAUCACCUCGGUCUAUGGCUGCAGCCGUCAGGAGCCCGUGCUGGAAGUCCUGGCGUCAGGUGCCACCAUGGCUGUGGUGUGGAAGAAAGGCCUGUACAGCUACUUAGACCCCUUCACGCUCUCUGUGCAGCCUGUGGCCUUCCAGGCCUGCCAGGUGAACCUGACCCUGGAGGGCCGCCUGGACCUGCAGGGUGUCCUCAGCACCCCCUACUUCCCCAGCUACUACUCGCCCAGCACCCACUGCUCCUGGCAUCUCACGGUGCCAUCUCUGGAUUACGGCCUGGCCCUGUGGUUUGACGCCUAUGCCCUGCGGAGGCAGAAGUACGACCUGCCCUGUACGCAGGGCCAGUGGAUUAUCCAGGACAGGAGGCUGUGUGGCCUGCGUACCCUGCAGCCCUAUGCUGAGAGGAUCCCUGUGGCAGCCUCCACCGGCAUCACCAUCAACUUCACAUCCCAGAUCUCGCUCACGGGACCCGGCGUGCAGGUGCACUACAGCUUGUACAACCAGUCAGACCCCUGCCCGGGAGAGUUCCUGUGCUCUGUGAAUGGCUUGUGUGUCCCAGCCUGUGAUGGCAUCAAGGACUGCCCCAAUGGCCUGGAUGAGAGGAACUGUGUCUGCAGAGCCACAUUCCAAUGCCACGAGGACAGCACGUGCAUCUCCAUGUCCAGAGUCUGCGACCGGCAGCCCGACUGUCUCAACAGCAGUGAUGAAGAGCAGUGCCAGGAAGGAGUGCCUUGUGGGACCUUCACCUUCCAGUGUGAGGACCGGAGCUGCGUGCGGAAGCCCAACCCAGAGUGCGACGGCCAGCAGGACUGCGGGGACGGCUCCGACGAGCUCCACUGUGACUGUGGCCUCCAGGGGCCGUCCAGCCGCAUCGUGGGCGGGGCAGUGUCCUCAGAGGGUGAGUGGCCGUGGCAGGCCAGCCUUCAGGUUCGAGGUCGGCACAUCUGUGGUGGGGCCCUCAUUGCCGACCGCUGGGUGGUGACGGCAGCCCACUGCUUCCAGGAGGACAGCAUGGCGUCGCCGGCGCUGUGGACGGUGUUCCUGGGCAAGGUGCGGCAGAACUCGCGCUGGCCGGGCGAGGUGUCCUUCAAGGUGAGCCGCCUGCUGCUGCACCCCUACCACGAGGAGGACAGCCACGACUACGACGUGGCGCUGCUGCAGCUGGACCACCCCGUGGUGCGCUCCGCCUCCGUGCACCCGGUCUGCCUGCCUGCGCGCUCCCACUUCUUCGAGCCGGGCCUGCACUGCUGGAUCACAGGCUGGGGCGCCCUGCGAGAGGGCGGCCCCACGAGCAACGUUCUGCAGAAGGUGGACGUGCAGCUGGUCCCGCAGGACCUGUGCAGUGAGGCCUACCGCUACCGGGUGACCCCACGCAUGCUCUGUGCCGGCUACCGCAAAGGCAAGAAGGACGCCUGCCAGGGUGACUCUGGUGGUCCGCUGGUUUGCAAGGAGCCCAGCGGCCGCUGGUUCUUGGCCGGGCUGGUCAGCUGGGGCCUGGGCUGUGGCCGGCCCAACUACUUUGGAGUCUACACUCGCAUCACGGGGGUGAUUGGCUGGAUACAGCAGGUGCUGACUUGAGGAGCUGGCC